CAUGCGCAUUUUUUAUGCCUCGCUUGCGAAAAAAACGAACCAUGUGUCAUGUGCUUUGUCCGGCGUGUUGAAGAUUUAAAGAAUUAUGACAAUUCAUAUAUAAAUUAUGCUUAUAUAUAGAUACAAUUUUUAGAUAAAUAUAUUUAUGUAAUUUUAAAUGCGUUUACAUAUAUAUCAAAAUGCAAAUGAGAUUAGUUGAAAACAGUAAUGUUAUGGACAAGAGUGUUAACCUUGUCGAUCGGGACGAUUUAAUAGUGAAGAGAAAAGGCGGUGGAAGUAUAAUUGAUCAACGCCCAUUAUUUUCAAGCGAUGGAGAAACUCUCUACAUAAUAUGGAAAAAUGUCAUCAGGGUAUACAGUACGCAAACGGGAGAUUUCGUACGGGAGUUUGAACCUUCGAAUUAUAGAAAUAGAAAUUAUAGAAUUACUGGAAUAAUAGCACAUCCAGAUAAUGCUAGUGUUAUUAUUGGUUGUAUUGAAAGCGGCGAGCUAAAUUUCUGGAAUUGCCAAAGUGGCAUUAUUACUAAAAAAUUACAAUUAAAAUUAGCAAAUGGCAAGGUAAAAAUUAGAACUUUUCACAUUGUAAAGUAUAGAACAGUUCAAGGAAAUGAGAUAUGUCAAACGCUAAUAACCCAUCUUUCUGAAUGUGGAAACAAGAUAUAUGUACUUCUAUUUGAUAUAGAAAAUGGGAUGUGUACAAAGUCAAUAUAUAUCAUCACAAAAACACAAGAGUAUUUCAUUGAUAUUAUUGGGAAUCAUGGAGAAAAUUUAAUAGCACUUUUACACAAUGUAAAUUUACAUAUAUUAAAUCCAGCUAGAAAUUUAGUAGAUAAAAUACAUAAGACUGGUAAGACAGGUAGAUUACCUACUUGUAUAGCCGGACAUCCAGAAGAAGAAUGUGUUGCCACUGGAGAUUCUACGGGUCGUGUAGUUGUAUGGAGAAAUUUAUUCCAAACUAGACCAUAUACAUCUGUUUUUCACUGGCAUACAUUGCCAGUUACAGAAAUAGUGUUUAGCAAAUCAGGUGGUCACAUGUAUACAGGUGGUGGUGAAUGUGUGUUGGUAAAAUGGACUUUAACAAAUCCUCAACAUAAGUCAUUUCUUCCACGAUUGCCGGCACCUAUUAAACAUCUCACUAUUGCUCCUGAUAACUUAUAUGUUGCUGUAUCGACUUUAGAUAAUGGUAUUGUUAUUGUAAAUCCUCAAAGAAAAUUGACAUCAGUAAUACAAAACUUUACGUGGGGCGUUGCUUUAUCAUCCAAAGAUCUGUUUCCUGCGGGACUCGUUGUUGAUCCGCGAACAGGUAGUCUUGUCUUAAACAGUCGCACUGGACAUGUGCAAUUUUAUAACACUCACACAAAAAAUCUAUUAUAUAAUAUUAAUAUAACUGCUCAAAAUUUUUUGACCCAAGAACGCGAUGUAAUUAUUGUAAAUACAGAAGUUACAAAAAUAGCUCUGAAUCAUAAUGGCACAUGGAUGGCAACAGUUGAAGAACGGAAUGAUAAAAUUUCGUCUAUAGAAGUUACGUUAAAAUUCUGGAUUUAUGAUCUAAAGAAACAAAUAUUUGUAUUAAAUACAUCUAUUGAAUUGCCUCAUGAGAAUGGAGUAAAUGCACUACAUUUUCAACCGGAUACGACAUUCGACGAUGGAGAAUGGUUAGCAGUUACCACUGGCAAGGAUAGCAAAUUUAAAUUGUGGAAUUUAAGAAAAUCUAUAGAAAAGAAAGAGGCAAAACAUUGGUAUUGUUACGGAGUGGGAGACUAUCGUAAUUUAGCUGUUACAGAUGCUGGUUUUUCAGUGGAUGGUUCAUUAUUAGCUAUUGGUUUUGACUCUACUUUAACCUUAUGGGUGCCUGAAACUUGCGAGUUAAAAUCCAGUCUUACACAUUCAAAAUAUAAUUAUCCAAUAAAACGAAUAGAAUUUGGCAAACACGAUGCUUGUCAUCUUGUUGUGGUCGUAUCUGAACAACACAUAAUGGUUUGGAAUAUUUUAACUCUUGCUAUAACAUGGAGUGUAUCCUUAAAUAUUGUAAGUCUCACAUAUGACCCGAAAUCCACAUACAUGGCAGCGUUUACUUCUGACAAUUCAUUAUAUGUAUUUACACCACAGAGCCCAACAGUUGUUUAUAAGAAAACAUGUCUUAUCGAAAGUACCAGUUUUAUACUAGCAGCUACUUUUGUACCUCAUCUACAAGAAAAACGUAAUCCUUCCUUUGGCCAAUGGCAACGAAAGUCGCAAUUAUACUUUUUGGAUUCAAAUCAGGAAUUGCUCACAUUGGAGCCAGACUCUGAAGCCGAAUUUUCUUUAGAAAUUAUUUCAGACAAGGGAACCAAGCCACUGACCGCCUUCUCCAAUCUUAUAGCUGUUCAAACGUCUUCGAGUAAAGAGCAGACUGUUGCACAAUUUCAUGAACAUCUUGGCAUGUCAACGAAAAGAGUGGUAGAAGAAUUACUCAGCGUGCCCGCUCACACAUUGCCACCGUUGAGUUUGUUGUGCUCGUCAUUCAUUUUGUCGCUGGGGGCACAACAAUCCUUGAAAAAUCAUUCCAAAAAUGUCGAAAGUGAUGACGAUGUUCAGGAUAAUACUUUGGAUUUAAGUGACGACGAAGUAUCACCGCCGACGAAAUCCUCAGUCGUGCCGGCGAAUGAAAACGAGGAUACGGACGAUGAUACAAACGUGCGACUUGAUAGUCACGACUGGUCUUUCCUAUCCACCAUACUUCCCGAUCAAGAUAAUAUUGUACUUUGAUUUCGUGAAAACUAUCACGAAAACUAUCGAGGGUUAGAAGAAGAUUAUAAUAAAAUUAAUGGAGACAUAUUCUUCUGUAAACUAAAGUAUACAAAAGAUGUACAAAGUGUAUCGACGUUAAUAAAAGAUUUUAAAUCGUA